CACAAAGCCUUGGUGCUAUUGCUGACUUUCCUCUGCUACACAUCUUUCCAUGCGUCGCGCAAGCCAAUGAGUGUGGUGAAGAGCGUCCUCACCGGGGCAGCAGGCUCUGACAGCGCCAGCCUCGACAGCUACCUUGCUGCCGAUGGCUGGCCCUGGCUCCAUGAAGGCACGCUUCCGUUCAACGAGGAGGGAGGCAAGCUGCUGCUGGGCAAGCUUGACCUGGCGUUUCUGGGAGCCUACGCUGCGGGCAUGUUUGGGGCAGGCCACCUGGGCGACAGGAUCCACCUCAGGAAAUUCCUGACCUUCGGCAUGCUGGCCAGCGGGGCCAUGGUCUGCUCUGUGGGCCUGGCCUACUUCCUGGACAUCCACUCCUUCUGGUACUUUGUUGUGGUGCAGAUCACUGGAGGGUUCCUGCAGGCGACGGGCUGGCCGAGCGUGGUCGCGGUGAUGGGCAACUGGUACGGCAAGGGCAAACGGGGGGCAGUAAUGGGGGCUUGGAAUGCGCACACCAGCGUGGGCAACAUCCUGGGCUCCGUCGUGGCUGCAGCGUGCCUGUCGUGGGGCUGGGGAUGGGCCUUCAUCAUGCCCGGCGUGGCGCUGAUUGCCAUGGGCCUGAUCAUCUGGCUCUUCCUCGUGGUGGAGCCCGAGGAGGCCGGCCUCUUCAAGAUGCGCGACAGCAUCCUGCGCCGCGCGCGCACCAAGCGACAGCUCGUGGGCGUCUCCAGUCAGCUCUGCAUCGUGGAGGUCCCCCGUGCCCUGCUGCCACCGCAAGCUGAGCGGGCCAAGGGGGUGUCCAUGUGGGCGGCGCUGAGGAUUCCGGGGGUGGUGUCCUUUGCGUUGACGCUGUUUUUCAGCAAGCUGGUGGCCUACACCUUCCUCUACUGGCUGCCCUUCUACCUCAACAGCGUCGACAUCGGCGGCCGCCGCCUGACGCCCAAGGCUGCGGGAGUGCUGUCUAUUCUGUUUGACGUGGGCGGCGUAGCCGGAGGCGCCAUCGCCGGAGCGCUGUCCGACAGCACCGGCGCGCCCGCAUGCGUGUCGACGGCGUUUGUGUUCGGCUCAGUGCCCUCCAUGUGGCUGUACCGCACCUUUGGCGGCUCCUGCCUGUCCUGGAACGUGUGCCUCAUGCUGGCGGCUGGGCUGUUUGUCAAUGGCCCCUACGCGCUAAUCACCACCGCUGUAUCUGCCGACCUCGGAUCCCACGCAUCCGUUGCCGGUAACUCCAAAGCACUGGCGACGGUGACGUCGAUCAUAGACGGCAUGGGCUCCUGCGGCGCGGCGCUAGGCCCGCUGCUGACGGGGUACCUGAGCCAGCGGGCGGGCGGCUUUGACAAUGUCUUCCUCAUGCUCUACAUCGCCUCCCUCGCCGCCGCGCUCCUGCUGCUGCGCCUGGUCUUGCGGGAGGUACGCCCCUGGCCCCCGGUUUAUCAAUGCUGA